CCUGGCAUUGAAUCUUCUACAACGACUCUAGGGCGUUUUACAAUAUCGAACCAUACGCGUUAAUUAUCUUGCAAACCUGGAUUUUCUGGUUGCCAUUAACCAAUGAUCUGGUUCUGUGUUAGCUGAUCCAAAUUCGUGCUUCCCACCAUCAAAGCCUGGCGGAAACCAAGCGUUAGCUCGCCUCCUACAUCAUCUUGUGGAGAUUCCCCAGUAGCUAUAUACCCACCUCCUCAUAACCAAGUUUCUAGGUAAAAUGCCCACAGGUUCGCCUACCUUGGUUGUGAACCUCUCCUUUUCAUAGCGUUCUCGACAAUUGAUCAUUGAAGUCGAGGAAAUUACUUCGGUAUCUUCGUUGCCUUUCUCUAUUACAACUCACAAUGCCCCGUUAUACAUCUCCCUCUGUAUCUCCAACUUCGCGUGCCCGCUCACCCUCCCCAACUCGCUCCCGCCGUAGGAGUCUCUCUACACAUUCAAAACCUUUUCCCCUACGCGCGUCUUCGCCAGCUCAUUCCGACAGCGGUAAGGACGUACUCAAAACCUCGUUGGUCUUCCUUGGCGUUGUUGGAGCCGCUUCGUUAGCGGCUUCCAAAUAUUGGCCAAAGGGUAUCCUAUAUGGAGAGAAGGAAUCAUGGGCGCAAGAAGCCAAGGAAGAGGUCAAACAUGUUAUGCACGGAGAUAAACAUAGAGAUAGGGAGAGUCGAGGAAGGCCUCGGAGUGCUGGACAUGGGGAUCGAGAGAUGCGACACCGACGGCAACCCCGGGUUGAGAUAAGAGAUGAAGUAAUAGUAAGGAGGCCCGACGGUCGAAGCAUGUACUUGGACACUGGUUGGACCGAACAGCCCUAUGACGGCCGGCGCGAGCGUGACAGACGCCGUAUAGUCGACACCCGCGACAGCAGAAGGUCGAGUGACGAACCAUAUUACCGACGAGAGCAUAGGGGCUUGUCGCAGUUUGAUUAAUGGCGCUAUUCCGUUUCCUUUGGUUUCUUUUGUUGGAUUCUUCCGAUAGCGGGGUUAUCAACUCUGUUGUUGCGCGAAGAGAUCGCAUGU